GCGCUAGGAGCGGCUCGUAGCGGUGCCCCGGCGGGCAGGAUGGCCCACAUGCUGCAUGCAGCCGCCCGGCGGGUGCAGUGGAGCAGGGCGGGCACCGCGAAGAGGGCUGCGUGCCUGCUGGCCGCGGCGUACGGGCUCAAAAUCCUCUACCCCAUCAUCCGCGGGCGUGUGAAGCGGGCGAGCGGCAGAGGCGGCGCGCAGGAUGAGAGGGGCCGGGCGGUCCCGCACGGCACCGGGAGCCGGGGUAGAGCCUCCCCGGCUGUGGACGCGGAAUUCUUCAAGCAGCUGCUAGAACUCCGCAGACUGUUCUUCCCGAAGCUGGUGAGUGCCGAGCUGGGCUUGCUCUGCCUCCACUCGUUUGCUCUGGUAUCCAGGACUUUCCUCUCCAUCUAUGUGGCCGCCCUCGAUGGAAAAAUUGUGAAGAGCAUUGUGGAGAAAAAGCCCAGGAGCUUUGUCUUCAAGUUAAUCAAGUGGCUGAUGAUUGCAAUCCCGGCCACUUUCGUGAACAGCACCAUACGGUACCUGGAGUGCAAGCUGGCCCUCGCCUUCCGCACGCGCCUGGUGGAUCACGCCUAUGAGACCUACUUUGCCAACCAAACUUACUACAAAGUGAUCAGCAUGGACGGGCGGCUGGCCAACCCGGACCAGUCCCUCACCGAGGACAUCAUGAUGUUCUCGCAGUCCGUGGCGCAUCUCUACUCCAACCUCACCAAGCCCAUCCUGGAUGUUGUGCUCACCUCCUACACCCUCAUCCGCACAGCACGGUCCCGGGGGGCCAACCCCAUCGGGCCCACAGUCCUGGCCGGUCUCGUCGUCUAUGCCACGGCCCGUGUGCUCAAAGCCUGCUCUCCCAAGUUUGGCAAACUAGUUGCUGAGGAGGCUCACAAGAAGGGCUAUCUGCGCUUCAUACAUUCACGCAUCAUUGCCAACGUGGAAGAGAUUGCUUUUUACCGAGGGCACAAGGUAGAGUUGAAACAACUGCAAAAAAGCUACAAGGAUUUGACAGAUCAAAUGAAUCUCAUUUUGUCCAAACGUUUAUGGUACAUCAUGAUAGAGCAGUUCCUGAUGAAAUAUGUCUGGAGUAGCUGUGGUAUGAUCAUGGUCGCUGUGCCCAUCAUCACUGCAACGGGAUUUGCAGAUGGCGAGUUGGAAGAUGGCCAGAAACAGGCAAUGGUUAGUGAAAGAACAGAAGCUUUUACUACAUCACGAAACUUGCUGAUCUCUGGAGCAGAUGCUAUUGAAAGGAUUAUGUCUUCAUACAAAGAGGUCACUGAGCUAGCAGGCUACACCGCCCGUGUCUACAACAUGUUUUCAGUCUUUGACGAGGUGAAGAGAGGCAUCUACAAAAGAACUGCUGUUAUUCAAGGGUCUGUAAACAACAGCAGGAGUGAAGAUAAAGCCGAGUUACACAUUGAUGGGCCCUUAGAAAUCAAAGGGAGAGUAAUUGAUGUUGAUCAAGGAAUUAUUUGUGAAAAUGUUCCUAUAAUUACUCCGAAUGGCGAUGUGGUGGUUUCCAGACUAAACUUCAAAGUCGAGGAGGGGAUGAAUCUUUUAAUCACUGGACCCAAUGGCUGUGGAAAGAGUUCACUCUUCAGAAUUUUAAGUGGUUUGUGGCCUGUGUAUGGAGGAGUUCUCUACAAGCCCCCUCCACAACAUAUGUUUUAUAUACCACAAAGGCCCUACAUGUCCAUUGGAACACUACGAGAUCAAGUCAUCUAUCCAGACUCGGUGGAAGACAUGCAUGAGAAAGGCUACCAAGAUCAAGAUCUGGAGUCUAUUCUGCAUAUGGUUCAUCUGUACCACAUAGUUCAAAGAGAAGGAGGCUGGGAUGCAAUCAUGGAUUGGAAAGAUGUCCUAUCAGGGGGAGAAAAACAAAGGAUGGGCAUGGCCCGGAUGUUUUACCACAAGCCGAAAUAUGCAUUGUUGGAUGAAUGUACGAGUGCUGUAAGCAUUGAUGUUGAAGGAAAGAUAUUCCAAGCUGCAAAAGCUGCUGGGAUAUCCCUGCUUUCCAUAACACACAGACCUUCUCUUUGGAAGUACCACACUCACUUGCUGCAGUUUGAUGGACAAGGCGGCUGGCGUUUCGAGCAGUUGGACACUGCUAUCCGUUUAUCAUUGAGUGAGGAAAAACAGAGACUGGAAUCCCAGCUUGCAGGAAUUCCUAAAAUGCAGCAGAGACUGAAUGAACUGUGUAAAAUCCUGGGAGAAGAUUCAGUGCUUAAAACAAUGGACAAAGAAGAAUAAAUAA